CCUCGAUUGAUCGAGCCUGAGCCAUCAUGGCGGCGCUCGUGUAGCCCGGUCCGUACCGCGAAGGAGACUGGCUGUGGCGCGGGCCCGGCGGGGUCAGAAGUCACCAUGCUGAGGGCCGCGUGGAGGGCCCUGAGUUCGGUUCGAACCCAGGCAGUGACCCAGGCCCCAGUCUCUGGCCUGCUGGGGAGAGGGAGCGCCCGGCUUCCCUCCGACCAGUGGGGCCUACAGCCUCAAAGUCUCCUACAGGCCGCCCGUGGAUAUACCAUCCAGAAACCAGUCCAGCCCAAGCAAGAUGAUGACCCACCCCCUUCCACGCUGCUCAAAGACUACCAGAACAUCCCUGGAAUUGAGAAGGUCGAUGAUGUUGUGAGAAGACUCUUGUCUUUGGAAAUGGCCAACCAGAAAGAGAAGCUAAAAAUCAAGCAAGAACAGUUGAUGAACAAAAUCGUGGCAAACCCUGAGGACACCAGUUCCCUGGAGGCUCGAAGUUGGUCAGAGGGCUCUUGGGGAGUGGGGAUGCAGAGGAGUCUGCUAACUGUUGUUGCCUUGACCAUCAAGAUCCGCAAUUAUGAAGAACACAUGCAGAAACAUCGAAAGGAUAAAGCACACAAACGCUAUCUACUGAUGAGCAUUGACCAGCGGAAGAAGAUGCUAAAAAACCUCCGUAAGACUAACUAUGAUGUCUUUGAGAAGACAUGCAGGGAGCUGGGGAUCGAGUACACCUUUCCCCCUCUCUAUUACCGCACUGCUCACCGCCGCUUCGUGGCCAAGAGGGCUCUGUGCCUCCGGGUUUUCCAGGAGGCACAAAAGCUGAAGAAACAAAAAAGGAUCUUAAAAGCUGCAGCCAUGGCAACCCCAAAACAAGACGACCAGGGGAACCCAGAGAACCCUUCCAAAGCCUGCACAGAGGCACUCAAAGGAAACCAAUAAAGUCUGUUAAAAUUA